AAAUUUGCUGUCAAGUUGAAAAGCGGGUUAUUAACACAGCGAUAGCCUCGACCGUGACCCGCGCUGGCAUCAAGCAUCUCGUAAUAUAUAUCAAUAUCGCUUAUUAUACAUUUAUAUACGUACUUAAGUAUAAAAUAUGUUGUUUUUCUUCUAGAUAUACGCAUGUUGGUGUUUCUUCCGCACAGUGCGACGCGUGCCGUGCUAGUGGUUGUGUGUUACUUGUGAUCGGAUUUUUUUGUGUCGUGUUUAGAGGAACUGUGAAUGUCGCAUGUCGGGAAAAUCCUCUGAGAGUUCGGGAAAGGCCGCCUGCCAGGUUGACUGACCAGACUGGUUGUGGAAAAGACACGUGCGCUGUCACGCUACCUCAACUCACCCCCUGGUAAUAUCCUCCAGUUGCCAUGUCCCGGUUCAUCUUGUUCCUGACCCUGACCUGGCUGGCCACCACGGCGGCGCAAUUCGGAAUAAUCAAUAAAAUCAAAAAGGGUGUUACCAAGGAGAUAUCGGCCGUGGUGGACCCCAUCGAGAAAACCAUCGUGUACGUCGGAUUUAGUCAGUGUAAGCAUGUGAAGCGUAUCCUGGGCGUGGACUACGAGUCCUACAACAACACGGAGCCAGACCUCAGCCUGCUCUCACUCAACUUCAUGACCAGGGAAGUAAACGUAUCAUUCCUCUUGACGACGGCAGCGUCCCUUCUCCCGAAGGCAGGCUGGCUAGAUCCACGGAAGCCACUCAAGAUAUACCUGCACGGCUUCACCGACGACCCCACCAAGAACAGCUACUCCAACAUCAGCAGGGCUUUCCUCAGCCAAGGUGACUAUAACAUACUGGCGUUGGACGCGAGCUCCCUGAUCCGCUGGCUCUACCUCCGCUCCUCCACCAUGGUACGCUUCAUAGGCGAGGAGUUGGGGCAGAUCCUUGCAGUCCUCGUGCGCGCCGGUCUAAACCCAUCUGCCAUCCACCUGAUUGGCCACAGUCUCGGGACCCACAUCUCAAGUUUCACCGGCAAGAGGUUCACAGAGCUGACCGGGUUCCGAGUUGGACGGAUCACCGGGUUGGACCCGGCGGGUCCAUGCUUCUCUGACGUCGAGCCCAACCUACGGCUGAACAGGAAUGACGCUGACUUCGUCGAUGUUAUACAUACUGACGCCGGCACGUACGGGAUUCAUGAGAGCGUUGGUCACGUGGACUUCUUCCCCAACAGUGGGUCGACUCAGCCAGGCUGCCUGCCCGCGCUGCUGCUGGCGACGUGCAGCCACAGCCGCGCCUGGCUAUUGUACGCGGAGUCCGUCAACAACCCUCAGGCCUUCGUGGCUGCACCCUGUGCCAGUUGGAAAGACUUCCGGAAAGGAAAUUGUGACUUUAAUCGUCUGAGUCUGAUGGGCUACGGCUGCCCUCCCGGCACGACAGGCACGUACUACCUCCAGACUUCGGACGCACCGCCCUUCGGCCGGGGGAUGGCUGGCGUGCACUACGUCAACCAAGAGGGACUCCUCAAAAACGUGGGCAUGCAGAUUGGCAUCAACUGAUUGCAAUGGGAUCCUAACGACUUGAUUUAUCUAUACUAAUGCGGAAAUUCUUCUGUUUGUCUUACUGUCUGUUUGUAUAUCUGUUAUAGUGAGUACAGCGAAUGUAGAUGUACUUUCACUGCAAAUUUGCUAUGUCAGUCACCAGAGGGCGCACCAGCGAUGCGCUUAAUAGACAGAUCCAAGCCGCCGUGGCCGAAAUAGGUCGGGAUCAUCACCCACCCAUAUCUGUUAUGCUUUCAUUUUAAGCUGAAGCCUAAAGCGGUAAGACCAUGGAACUGCCAAGUCCUCGAGGUUUCAAAGCACAUACCGUGUUUCGAGUGGUUUUUUCGUUUUACAAAUAAAUAUCACAGCUUCCUUGUUUCGGAAGUGCUUGUGCAAUUGUAAUUUAGGCACGAGCACACCUCUCCUCAGAUUAACGCGCAUGGUAUGUAAACUCAAGGGAUGUUGUGCAGAGAUAGGGAUAAUGUUAUAAAUGUUGUCUUCGUGUGAUUGUUACGUGUGUUAAUUGGAAAAAAAUAUUUCUUUUUCAUAUAUUUUUUCGGGUCUUAAGUGUUUUGUAUGUUUUUUGUUGUGUCGCACUAUCUCUCUUCACAAUAAUAUUUUUGCACUCUAUUUGAUCACUGUGUUUGCUAUGCGGUUACUCCCGCAGUCUUCCAGCUUGUUUUGGUCACAUAGUGAUGUUAUCUUGUCUUCCUUGGCAUAUUCUUAACUCCAACAAUAAUCAACGAGAUUCGGAGGUAUUAAACAAAACGCCUCCCGCAGUAAAGAAUUCAAUCCUUGUGUCACAAACAAAAACUCAAGUAACAUGCAUAAAAACACCCAGAGUCAAGACAAGCAUUCGAGGAUCACACAAAUGGUUGUCCUAAGUGGGGGUCUAACCCGCGACACGUCGCGCUUAGUGAGUUGGCUAGCGCUUUCCACCAAACGAAUGAACAACUAUUCAACUUCAAAUAUACGUAGAUUCAUCUGAUUGAUAUAAGUUAUUUUUUCAGAUUGGUUACAGAAUAAAAAAUGGCAUGCAGAGGAUAUUCGGACGUCAUCAUAAUGUAAUCCAAUAUGAACCUACGCCGUAUAUGAUCCCAUAUCAAUAUUAUAAUAUGUACGGGUAAAGAAUUACGAGCAAUGUGUAUUAGUGCAUCUUUUACUUAAUAGUUGUUUAGUACUUAAAUAUAAAUGUCAUUUUUAUGUACAGAAAUACCACAUACUCAAUAAGUCAUAAGUAAUAUAGGAAUAUUUUUAAGUGCCAUUAAAUUAAAAAUUAAAAUUGAACAUUUCUAA